UUUGUAAUGGUUAAGGUAACAGUACGGGGGAGGGGGAAAUGUGUGAGUGUGUGUGUGUGUGUUAGUGUUUCAGGGAAUUCCCUGCUGUCAUGGGUAUUUCACAACACUACAUCACUGGAAGGAUUUAUGCCAAGGACAGUUGACUCUGAUGUUUUCAGUGGGUUUUUUUUUCCUCCUUUAAUUUUAAUUUAAUCUGCUUUUCUCUUAUUCUCUACAAAUCACAUUGUCCUCUCUCAGAAUAGACGGUGAUGAACUCUUACAUUUACAGUGUGCUGAUGUCUUCUUAUCGCCAUCAAACACACACACACACACACACACACACACACUCCCUCCUCCACACAGACAUGACCUUUACCAUCUCCACUGCUGUGUCACACUUCGAGCCUGACAUAUUCUCGCUUCUGUCGUUCUGACCUCCUCUCCAAAAAAAUAAAAAAUAAAAAGAAAUAACAACAGUCGCAGCUCAAACCGGACUGUGUGAACUCCUCCGUAUCACUGCCGUGUUUUACAGUCAUUUUCGCAAUCAUCAGAAGAUGAAGAAGAAGAAUGUUUGCACUUCCUUUUUCUCUGGCCACAGAAAUGUAAUGAAAGCAAAGCAAAAACAGCAAAUUACCACCAUCUCCAUUUGGCCUCUGUGUAAUUUAAAGCAUUUAAUCCUCAAUUUGCUGUCAGCAUAUAAUCUGUUAAAACAUUCGGGUCAUUUGUAAUUAAAAGUGGCAUUCCGGAGUUCAGAACCUAAGAGGAAUGUUUAUUACAGGCUUUGGUGGAACAAACCCACCCUGGGUCAGUGUUGAUAUCACACACUGCGUGUGUCUGUUUGAAGCGUCCAUCUUUUUCCAAAUGCCUUUUAUCUGGUAACUGUUCAUAAACUGCUCUAGUCAGAAAGAGAGAGAGAGAGAGAGAGAAGAAAAAAAAUCACAUCACCUCAGACUGAGAUAGGGUGAGAGAGCGUAGCUCGCUGCUCAUGUGAAGGGAAUCAGGUGGGAGGCGUCACUUCUUGGUUGAGGUCCUGCCCUGACUCAUCGUACCAGUGUGGGGCAGCAGGUAUGAGCAGGAGAAACGCAGCGACUAGAUUUACUGCCAGUUAACUAGCGAGCGUCCCUCAGUGUCAGUGUCUUCGAUGCUCUCUAGAGAUGAAUGUGGAGCCACCGUGCUGCCUCUGAUCUGCUGUCGUAGUGGAUGCUGAGGAAGUGACUCCACUGGGAUCUGAAGGAGAAGAUGAGGUGGGCCUGUGGAGCCUGGAGCCUCAGGACUGCCAGGAGAGCCUGGACAAGACGAGCCUGACGCCCAGCGAGGAGAUGGAGGAACCCGGCAGUCCUGCCCGCUCCACGCGCCCGCACAGCCUCAGCCCUGGUGGCAGGACCUACUGGGUGCAGGUGGAACCGGAGGCGGAAGGGGCCGAGGACAACGGCGCUGCUAGCAUCGCUGAUAAGGACGGAGAACACGAUCCGCUAAGGAUGUACUGUAAAAACUCAGACUCCCACAGUGCCUUUGAGGACCUGGCCCACUAUGAAUUUCUGGCCCAGCUGAAGAAAGCCUCUACCUCUGCCGCUCUCCUGGACCACCUGGGCCAUAAUGGCACGGCGGCUGUGUAUCACCAGGACAGCAGACACGAAGACCUACCACCUGCUAUCUGGUCUCCGGGAGCUCAGCACUCUUCACCUGACGGGGCAGACCCAGGAAGGUUCCAGCAGAUUUGUCCGUUCUGCCACAGAGUUUUUCAGCGAGGAGCCUCAUUGAGGGAGCACAUCAAGUUCUGCCAAGAGAGGGAAGGAGGGCACAUGGUGUGUCCGCUCUGUGGAUACACUGCCCCCUUAAGGGCACAGAUGGAGCAGCACCUGGCUCUUCACCAUCAAAUGCAGGCCAAGAGUCCCAUCACGCUGGAUCAAAGCAUGGAGACCAGGAAGUUUAAAUGUCUCCAGUGUGGGAAGGCUUUCAAGUACAAACACCACCUCAAAGAGCAUCUCCGCAUCCACAGCGGUGAGAAGCCGUACGAGUGCUCAAACUGCAAAAAGCGUUUCUCCCAUUCGGGCUCCUACAGCUCCCACCUAAGCAGCAAAAAGUGCCACAGCGGCGGAGGAAACGGAAACGGAAACGCAGGAGGCGCCGGCGGGGCCUUCAAUGGACACAGCCAAAACCCCUACCAACUCUCACUUCUCCCAUCUCCUUCUGCCGGCAGGGGGAGGAACAACAAUGACAAGGGCUCGCCUUUGUCCUUACAAAACCAUAACAAUUCUAAAUCUCUGGUGCGAGUACCGGAGGAAGCCCACCAGCUCAUGCUGCAGGAUCCCAGCCAGAACCCUGCGGUCUUAACAAAAGCUUUGGAUUUGUCUCAGCUCUGGGACCCCCCCACGGACCUCCCCCUGAGAGCCAGUAUCCUUAAAGGGACCAACCUGUUGCCUUAUCCUUACUCCGGGACCAAGUUUGAGCAAAUGAUACAGGAUGUGCUUCACAAGGAGGCAAAGAGGGAAGACCAGGACAAAGGGGGCGCAGAAGUCGAGGAAAGGAGAGCGAUGAACAAUGUCGCUGAUCUCAAGAGGAAACUGUCCCCUGAGAAGAGAGAGUCGGGUGAAGCGGAGAGGGGUGUUCUUGGGGUGACGUGUCGCUGGUGCUCGCAGCUUUUCCCCAAUGUGGCAGUUCUGCUGCAGCAUGAGCGCUACCUCUGUAAAUUAAACCUGGAGGCUGUGGAGGUGCCCAGGAGUCUUGGCGACAAAGACAACUCCUCGCCGCCUUUGUUCUUCUCCAGAUCUGGUCUUCAGGUAGAACACAGCAAACCGUGUGAAGUAGCCAAUGGCCUGUCGGGAAGCAAAUCCCCGUUACACAAGCCCAGUUGGCAUUCGGUUCCACAGCAGCUUUUGGUUGCGAUGCACUCCCCUCCGCAGCCCUGCCACGAUUCCCUGUCCUCGCAUCCAUUUUGGUCCAGACCGGAAAAGGGAAGUCCAACACAACAAGGUCUCCACUCCCCAGAUCUGUUGUCACCAAAGGCCAAAAGAAGAGUGUCUUCUUCAGGAUUCACUUCCCCCAUUUGCCUCGACCUCACCAGCUGCCCUCCUGACAUCCUUCCUCAGAACCAGAACGGCGGCUCCUGGUCGGCACAGAAUGAACCUCUAGACCUGUCUCUGCCCAAACAGCCCGCAGACAAAGAGGGGAAAAACCCAAAGGUCAACGGCAGCUCAGCUAGGCGUGAAAAGAGAGACCUGGAGACGCAGCAGCUAAAGAGACUAAUGUCCAACCUAAGUCCGACAUCGCAGCUACCCUUUCACCACCCCAUAUACGGUGGAGCCAGAGCUCCUGUGUUCCCCGGACCCAUGUACAACAGUUUUCCCAUCAUCAGUCAGUCUGGUUUCUCUGGGCUUUCGGGACACGAUGCCAUGGCAAGAAUCUCAUUCAGCCAGCAGGCAAACAGCUCUGGAUUUCUCUCACCUUUGACCUACAUGAUGGAAGCAGACGCAGAGGCAGCGUUGAAGAAGAUCCACCAGGAAAGGCAUGCUCUUAUGGGGGACGUGCUGAGCCGAGGAGCUCUGGAUUAUCUCUCACUCAUGGAUGAAGGUCUGGAUGUAGAAGGUGGACCAGGGAGGAAGAGGCUGAAGAAGACAGAGGAGGGGAUGUACGCAUGUGACAUCUGUGAAAAAACCUUCCAGAAGAGCAGCUCUCUGCUGCGACACAAAUACGAACACACAGGCAAACGUCCUCACGAGUGCAAGGUGUGCAACAAGGCCUUCAAACACAAGCACCAUCUGAUCGAGCACAGCCGGCUGCACUCCGGAGAGAAACCCUACCAAUGUGACAAAUGUGGUAAGCGCUUCUCUCACUCCGGCUCUUACUCACAGCACAUGAACCACCGCUACGCUUACUGCAGCAAAGACCAAGACCAGGACCAGGAGCAGGACCACGAGGAGAUGCCCUUCGCCCCCGAGGCGGGUGGCAUUCUCGCGGGCCGGCCGGCCGACGAGGCCCACCCAUCCGCGGAGGACGCCCUCACUCCACAUUUGUUCCUCAGCGAUUCCAGUCUGGAUGGAGCUACAGAGGGACUCAAAGAGGAAGAGGAGGAGGAGGAGGAAGAGGAGGAGGAGGAGGAAGAUAAAGAGGCAGGAGCUAGUGACAGUCGUGAGGCACAUGAGGAGCCAUCAGGGGAACAGCUGCGAGGUCGUCCCAUUGAAGAUUCACCAACAACAGAGCGGCGGGAGAGAGACAGUUGCGAUGUGGGAAACCAUGUUGACGGCGCAGAUGCCGACAUGUGGGAGCAAGGCCCCGAGGAGCAGGGAGCAGACUUAGAAAAAUAUGAGGAGUCAAGCCUGGAUAUUACAGAUUUACCCCGAAUAAAAACCUAACUGGCCAAAGUGAUACAUAACAUGUAAAUACAAAAGACUUUAAAACCCUCUAUGUGUGUGUAUAUAUACAUAUAUAUAUAU